CGCCGGAUAUAGACCCGAAAGCACGACUGUCGCGAGAACUGCUGUCUCCGCCCAACCUUCCAGCGACGCCCUUGCUGCCAUAUUGCUUGUGGGCAGGCACCUGAGGCUAACGGCUGGAGAACCCGGCACCGCGAUUCUGCGGUCUUCGGUCUCAGACUUCGUCAUCCUGGUCUGCAUGACUUUCUGAGAUUCUGAGUUUCAAUCCCCAGUUCCUACGUUUGGAGGAGACCAGACUCUGCUCCGCAGGGAACGUGCAGUGCCCAGCGGCCUGCCAACCCACGUCCAUGACCAAGCCCUGCGAGUGAUCGGCCUGCCUUCACGUCCGCCCCGGGAACGACCAUUAGGGACCUGUUUAUCUGCACAGCAAGUGUGGUGAAGAUCGCUCUAGGAAAAAGGAAGGAUGCCACUCUUCUUCCGGAAGCGGAAACCCAGUGAGGAGGCUCGGAAACGCCUGGAGUACCAGAUGUGUCUGGCAAAAGAAGCUGGAGCAGAUGACAUUCUUGACAUCUCUAAAUGUGAGCUCUCCGAGAUUCCAUUUGGGGCUUUUGCAACAUGCAAAGUUCUGCAGAAGAAGGUGUUGAUCGUCCACACGAAUCUGCUCACCUCCCUGCUCCCUAAAUCCUGCAGCCUCCUGAGUCUCGCCACCAUCAAGGUUCUGGAUCUUCAUGAUAACCAGCUGACAGCCCUUCCCGAAGACACAGGGCAGCUGACGGCCCUGCAGGUCUUGAACGUGGAAAGGAAUCAACUGACCUAUCUCCCACGUUCCAUUGGGAACCUGAUCCAGCUCCAGACCCUCAAUGUGAAAGACAACAGGCUGAAGGAGCUGCCGGACACGCUGGGGGAGCUCCGGAGCCUGCGCACUCUGGACAUCAGUGAGAAUGAGAUUCAGAGGCUGCCCCGGAUGCUGGCGCACGUCCGGACCCUGGAGACCCUGAGCCUCGACGCGUUGUCCAUGGUCUACCCCCCGCAGGAGGUGUGCAGCACGGGCACUGAGGCCAUUCAGCAGUUCCUCUGCAAAGAGUCAGGGCUGGAGUACUACCCCCCGUCUCAGUACCUGCUGCCAGUCCUGGAGCAGGAUGGAGCUGAGAACGCCCUGGACAGCCCUGACGGGCCCAGGGACAGGCUCUGCAGGGAGGAGGCGGAGUGGCAGAAUAGGUUCUCAGACUAUGAGAAGAGGAAGGAACAGAAGAUGCUGGAGAAACUCGAGUUCGAACGGCGCCUGGAGCUCGGGCAGCGAGAGCACGCCCAGCUCCUCCAGCAGAGCAACAGCCAGAAGGAUGAGAUCCUUCAGACGGUCAAAGAGGAGCAGUCCCGGCUGGAGCAGGGCCUGAGCGAGCACCAGCGCUUCCUGGACGCAGAGCGUCAGCGGCUGCAGGAGCAACUGAAGCAGACAGAGCAGAGCAUCUCCAGCCGGAUCCAGAAGCUCCUGCAGGAGAACCGGAGGCAAAAGAAAAGUUCCGAGAUUCUGAAGUCUCUGGAAAACGAAAGAAUAAGAAUGGAACGGUUGAUGUCCAUAACGCAGGAGGAGGCGGAGAGCCUGCGGCGCCGUGAGAUCGCCUCCGCCAUGCAGCAGAUGCUGACCGAAAGCUGUAAGAGCCGGCUCGUCCAGAUGGCCUACGAGUCUCAGAGGCAGAACUUGGUCCAGCAGGCUUGUUCCAGCAUGGCUGACAUGGAUGAGCGGUUCCAGCAGAUUCUUUCGUGGCAACAGAUGGAUCAGAACAAAGCCAUCAGCCAGAUCCUGCAGGAGAGCGCGAUGCAGAAGGCAGCCUUCGAGGCUCUCCAGGUGAAGAAGGACCUGAUGCAUCGGCAGAUCCGAAAGCAGAUUAAGUUAAUAGAAACUGAGUUAUUGCAGCUGACACAGCUGGAGUUAAAGAGGAAAUCCCUGGACACAGAGGCACUGCAGGAGAUGAUCUCGGAGCAACGCUGGGCCCUGAGCUCACUGCUCCAGCAGCUGCUCAAGGAGAAGACGCAGCGAGAAGAGGAGCUCCGGGAGAUCCUGACAGAGUUAGAAGCCCAAAGCGAAACCAAGCAGGAGAAUUACUGGCUGAUUCAGUAUCAGCGGCUCUUGAACCAGAAACCCUUAUCCUUGAAGCUGCAGGAAGAAGGCCUGGAGCGCCCGCUGGUGGCCCUCCUGGUGGAGCUGUCGGCCGAGCACUACCUGCCCAUCUUCGCCCACCACCGCCUCUCACUGGCCAUGCUGAGCCGAAUGGGCCCUGCGGACCUGGCCAAGGUGGGCGUCUCGGAGGCCGGCCUGCAGCAUGAGAUCCUGCGCAGAGCCCAGGAGCUGCUGGACGCGGCCAGGACCCAGCCAGAGCUGCUGAAGGCACCCGAGGGCAGGAUCUUGCCCACAGCCCCUGAGGAGCUGCCCGAGGCAGUGAGGCCCUCGGCUCCCCCGGCAGAGCUGCUGGAGGUGCAGACCUCAGAGUGUGUGGUGUGCCUGGAACGGGAGGCCCAGAUGAUCUUCCUCAACUGCGGCCACGUCUGCUGCUGCCAGCAGUGCUGCCAGCCCCUGCGCAUCUGCCCGCUGUGCCGCCAGGACAUCGCCCAGCGCCUCCGCAUCUACCACAGCAGCUGAGCACCAGCCUCUGCCACCCUCAGGCCCAGGGCUCCGGUUCCCUCCUGUACCCCAUGGGCUGGCCGGGCAGAGACGGGAGCGUUCCUGCCCAAGGACUGAGCAAUUUAAAUCCUGUAGAGGGGCAGGGGGACCCCUCACAGCAGGAUGACAGGGUCUGGGGUGGGAGCAGCGGCAGUCACACCUCUGUCUGAGCAGGACCGAGGGUCCCAGCUGGCUGUGGCAAUCCCAGCCCCUCCCGGAGCCUCAGUGCCCUCCUCAGGGGAACCCAGGCAGCGCUGUCCCACUCAGCAGGGGUGGUGGGAGCGCCGGAGGGCCCCGGCCCAGGGGAGGGGCUGCCACCACGGCCUGUCCUGGGAUCGACUGGCCAGAAGGUGUUCUGUGCAGGCCUGGUGCCCCGAGCAGUGUCAGCCCCUCCUGGCCUCCCUCCCUGCUGCCCCCCACCCGCCCCCUGAGCUCUGGGCCCCUCUGCCCUGCAGACCUGCACCUCCUCUCCCCACGCGGCUCAGAGGCAGACCCUGAGCUUCAAAGACCUGAAGCAGGAACGUCAAUAAACGCGUUUCCAGCCUGCUCCUCCCGAGUCGUCACUGGGCUCUAGUGGAGCCCAGGGAGGGGGAAGUGGGUGUGAGGUGUGUGAAGUUGCCCACACCUCCCUUUUGUAGGUGGAGAGGCCGGGCUCAGGAGGAGGUGGUCUCGGAAAGUCCUCGGAGCAGGUGGGGCCGUGUGGGCCGCCUGUGUGCUGUGUAACCAUUGCCCCAGAUCAGGGGGCCCGAGGCCCUGUAACCGGGACAGCAGCGUCUUAACUCCGAGCCCAUGCAGCUGUGCAGGUUGCUCACUGCACAAGUCCAGAGGGAGCCAUGCUCCUUGUGCUUGCAGGAGAGCUGAACUUGGUCAUGCGUUUUGGGGCAGAUCAUUUUGAGCCAAGGGCAGCUUUCUCUCUGGGCUAGCAGUGGGCCUGCUGGGGCGCCUGGGCUCUGCCUCUAGGUAACUCGGACCCGGGCCAGCCUUCCAGACCCUACGUCCCCACCUGUUCAGUGAGGGACAUCAGGGGAACUGACCUAGGCUGGCGGCCACCAGGGGGCACUGCGCGCUCAUCCUGGGCCCCGCGUUAGAGCCGGCAGGACGUAGGGCCAAGCCCUCUCUCUCCCUGCCUCACUGAGCCAGUCAGUGAACCUGCUUUCCAGGUUCCCCGCCCCACACCCUCCUGAGCUCCGCUCCGCUGAGAGGGGAGAUGGCGGCCUGAGAUGGGCAGGACCACGUUGCAGAGCAGGGCGUUUGGCGGGUCUCCUUGAACCCUCACGAGGCCCUCUCUUAUAGGUGAGCAGUUUGAGACUGGGUUCGGUGACUUGCCAAAGUCAACAGUAGAGACCCGGCUGAGCCCUGGUUUUCUCACCUCCACCCUUGUUGACAGACCUUCAGUCACAGUUCCCCAUCCCCCAAGAUGCCCAUUCAGCAGGGGCAGCCUGUCCCCACCAGCUGGCGGGGCGGGAGGUGUCCCCAUGACCCAGAACCUCCACCCAUCCUCCCCGCCCCCCUGGGCCUCAGUUUACCUACUGGUGUGAUGAUGGUGCCCGUCCCCCAGGUAACGCGCACAGCCCAUGGUAAGCACUCAGGAGUGCUCGCCUUGUGAGCAGGAGUCUUAAACUCUGGCAUCACUGUUUGGAUCCAGUGUGAGCCCGCCCACCAUGGCCAUAAAGCAGCUGCCCUCCCCACUGCCCGAAGCUGCCAGAGGCCCACCCUGCACAGACCCCCCCAGGCAGAGGAAGCUGUCUGAGCUACCAUCAGGCCAGUCACCUCCCUGCUGUGCCCCUCCUUACUGAACCUCAGUUUUCUCCUCUGGAAAGUGGGUUCAUAGGAGCACUCUCUGGUCACAUGCACCCGUACGCAAUGAGCCCCGAAAGUCAAGGUGCACAGGUCCAUCUCCAGCCCAGGUCUCUCACCCA